AUGAUCAUAGAGGUGCCCUUCCCUGCCCUGGUGCAGCUCGCGACCACGCUGUCGUAUCACUCCUACGCCAAGAACCUGAAUGGGCUUCUCAAUCUCCAGAGCGUUGAGGGCUACGUAUCCAUCAUGCACAAUGCGUUGACCAACAUUGAUGGCCUUUCCUCCCUCAAAUCUGUUGGCCAGUACGUCAACGUUAAGUACAACACCAACCUCACAAGCAUCAACGGCCUACGGUCUUUGAGCAGCGUCGGAGGAUUGGUGGCCAUCGAAUACAACGAUGCCUUGGUCGACCUGAAUGGCCUCGCCAACCUCACCAGCACGAAAGGCCUCUACAUCAGCGAGAAUCCACUUCUGACCAACCUGCAAGGCCUGGAGAACCUCGCCACCAUUGAUGGAGAAGUUAUCAUCUCGUCCAACAAACUCCUGGAAGACGUGGAUGCGCUACGAGGUCUCAGCUACAUCUCCAACUCGGUCAUCCUCAGCAACAACGUGGCUCUGACAUCGCUCGGGAGAGCCUUUACCGCGGUAACGGCCAUAGGCUGGGAUCUCGUGGUCACGCAAUCGUCGCUCAACAAUCUGGAGGGGUUCCGCAAUGUCCGAAGUAUCGAGGCAUCUUUGUCUCUGUCGAAUAAUCGGGCGCUCGUCUCGCUGGCCGGUUUGGAGGCGCUCACGACGAUUGGCAAUGACCUCAGCAUCACGUACAACCAGGAGCUGCGGAGUCUGGAAGGGAUUGACAGCCUCGCUCGAGUGGAUUUCCACGUUUUCAUCGAAAACAACGCGAGGCUCGAGAACAUUGACGCGCUCAAACAACUCACGUUCGUCGGCGAAAGCGUUGACGUGAAGUCGAACCUCGUGCUAGCCAACAUCGAUGGAUUGAUCGGCCUGUCCUCGCUCAACGGCGACUUGUCCAUCUUGAACAACGCGGGCCUCACCAGUGUCGCGGGCCUGGGUUCGCUGCAAUAUCUUACUGUAGGCGAUCUGAUGAUCCAGCUAACGUAUGCCAUCGUAAAACUUCAGAACAACGCUGCGCUGACCACCUUGGAUGGCCUUUAUCGCCUCGACAGCGUGGCCAGUGUCCUUGUCACGGGCAACAAUAACCUGACCAGCGUGCGCGGUCUAUGCGGGCUCACGAGGGUGAUCAGCGACGGGCGACUCUCUGGAAUGUCACCCGACGGCGGUGCUCAUCAGCACCACCUGCAACUGCUCGGCGCUCCCCGAGCCAUCGCCCUCGCCCUCUCCCUCCACAGCAUUCGUUUCCGCCUCGCCCUCUUCCGUGGCCUCCCCCGAGGUCUUUGGCACUUCCUCAGCGACCCCCUCCGCAUCACCUUCGAAGGCCAGCGCGUCGCCCUCGGCGACGUCGGGCUUGUCACCACCCGCAUCCCCAUCUGUCUCGCCCACGCCCCCCACCUCCUCUACGGCGAGCCCCACGCCUUCUACCACAAGGCCUCCGCCUCCGCCACUUCUUCGCCGUCUCUCUCGCCCGCCGUCACGCCUUCGUCGUCCCACUCACACGCGCCCACGCCCACGCCCACCGCCUCCGUCUCUGUCGCUGUCUCGGCUUCGGCGUCGGCCUCACGCUCCCCGCCGGUCAAGUCGGCCUCCGUAAGCCCGUCUGCCGCGGAGGCUGCGGGCGGAGGUGGUGAAGGAGGACGCGACGGCCUCGGACCCGUGCUGUGGGCCAUCCUCGGCGCCUGCGGCGCCAUCGCGGCGCUGGUGUGCCUGUUGGUGGCGGGCCUGUGCUGGCGUCGCAAGAAGUCGCGAGGCUUCAUCAUCCCUUGGAACGGCGUUCUGGGCUAUCGCAAGAGCUACGACGACAUCGCCAACAUGGACUUGGUCACCGCCUCCCAGCUCAAGAUCAACUAG